CAAAUCUCUGGAAGCCUCAAUGAACACGAUGAAUUGGUAUUGUUUAACAAAAUAAGGAUGUGAAACUUCUAAAUACAGACUAGGCUAUUUUACUCCAAUCUGCCGUUAUUGAACGUUUUGUAGUUUAUCAAUUCGUACCAUAUUUUGUUCACUAUUUAUUGAUGUCUUUAACAUUAAAUGCGACUAAAGAAUGAGUGUUCUACGUUGGACAACACUCCUACUACUCGUGAAAUUUUCCAGCCAGUCAGCAUGUGGAGACACCCACUCAACGGGCGAUUGUAGUUGCCAGUGGCAUUUAGAUGGUACUUGGGUAGUUGAUUGUACGGGACGUGGACUUAGUGAAUUACCCGAAGGCAUACCGGUGAACACCACGUAUCUUGAUGCUUCGAAGAACAAUAUAUUGGAGAUACCGAAUGAUACGUUGCUUCGACUGCAGUACCUAAAUAUAAUAGUACUGGACUUUAACAACCUUACAUCCUUGCCUAAGUUUCCAAAAGGAAUCAGGAUCAUAUCUGCUAAUUACAACAGUAUACAAUCAAUUGAUGGAGCUUUUGAUGGCCUAUCUGCUCUUAUUAGAGUGGGCCUAGAUGGUAAUAAUGUGACAUUCAUCAAUAACAGAACCUUUAAAGACACAAUGGAUUUAAGGCAGUUGUAAGUAUAAUGAAAUCAAUGUAAUUUAUCCAAGUUACUAUCGGUAUAUAUUAUA